GUUCCUACGCUGGCUGAGGGCAGUCUGAGGUGGCAAGUCAGGGUCUCUGUCCCCACCACUGGGAGGAGGCUCCUGGUUUGGCCCAGGCCUCAAGCGUGGCCCGUGCCUGCCAGUGGAAGGGAGCAGCAGUGGGUAGUCCCAACACGGAUGGCCCUGGUCAGGGAGCUGGCACCCUGCGUGCCCAGGAACAGGGAGAGGAGCCCAGAGGUGGCUGGUGCCUGGGCCCUGGGAGUCUGCAGAGGGCGCAGGAGCGGCGUGCGUGCUGGCCAUGCCUAUGCAGCUGGGCCCCUCCUGGUGCAGCGGUCCACAGCUGCCCUUCCUGAGCCAACCGGUGCCUGGGCCACUGUUGCACCACCAGCCAGCUGCCGGAAAGAGAGGAGGCGGUGGGGCUAGGCCCUGAGCAGGAGCCAUGUCCAAGAAGGAGGAAGUCCUACAGCACACAGGCUGACUCCCCUGGGCCCAGCGUGCAACUGUCCCUGCCAGCUGCUCUCCCACCAAUCGCAGCAGUGGCCGCCACCAUGUCAGACUAUGAGAACGAAGACCAGUGCUGGAGUACCCUGGAGAGCUUCCGAGUGAAGCUCAUCUCCGUCAUCGACCCCUCGCGCAUCACGCCCUACCUGAGACAAUGCAAGGUGCUGAACCCCGAUGAUGAGGAGCAGGUGCUCAGUGACCCCAACCUGGUCAUCCGCAAGCGGAAAGUGGGAGUGCUCCUGGACAUCCUGCAGCGGACCGGUCACAAGGGCUAUGUGGCCUUCCUUGAGAGCCUGGAGCUGUACUACCCCCAGCUCUACAAGAAGGUCACGGGCAAGGAGCCCACCCGCGUCUUCUCCAUGAUCAUCGACGCAUCCGGGGAGUCAGGCCUGACGCAGCUGCUGAUGAGCGAGGUGCUGAAGCUGCAGAGGAAGGUACAGGAUCUGAGCCAGCUGCUCAGCUCCAAGGACGACCUCAUCAAGGAGCUGCGGGUGAAGGACAGCCUGCUUCGCAAGCACCAGGAGCGCGUGCAGCGGCUCAAGGAGGAGUGCGAAGCUGGCAGCCACGAGCUCAAGCGCUGCAAGGAUGAGAACUAUGACCUGGCCAUGCGCUUGGCCCGCCAGAUUGAGGAGAAGGGGGCUGCGCUCAUGCGCAGCCGCGACCUGCAGCUGGAGAUUGAGCGGCUUAAGCACAGCCUCAUGAAGGCAGAAGACGACUGCAGGGUGGAGCGCAGGCACACGCUGAAGCUCAGGCAUGCCAUGGAGCAGCGGCCCAGCCAGGAGCUGCUGUGGGAGCUGCAGCAGGAGAAGACGUUGUUGCAGGCCCGCGUACAGGAGCUGGAGGCCACAGUGCAGGAGGGGAAACCAGACAGGAGCAGCCCCUACAUCCAGGUGCUGGAGGAGGAUUGGCGGCAGGCACUGCGUGGCCAGCAGGAGCAAGCCAGUACCAUCCUCUCUCUGCGCAAGGACCUGCGGCAGGGGGAGGCCCUGCGUGCCCGGUGCAUGGAGGAGAAGGAGAUGUUCGAGCUGCAGUGCCUAGCCCUACGGAAGGACUCCAAGAUGUACAAGGACCGCAUCGAGGCCAUCCUGCAGCAGAUGGAGGAGGUUGCCAUCGAGAGGGACCAGGCCAUUGCCACACGGGAGGAGCUGCAUGCACAGCACUCGCGGAGCCUGCAGGAGAAGGACACGUUGCGGAAGCAGGUCCGGGAGCUGGCAGAGAAGGCAGACGAGCUGCAGCUGCAACUGUUUCAGCGCGAGGGCCAGCUGCUAGCUCUGGAGGGCAGGCUCAAGCGGCAGCAGCUGGACACGCUCGUGCUGAGCUCUGACCUGGAUGACAGCUCACCCAGGAACUCUCAGGAGCUCUCGCUCCCCCUGGACCUGGAAGCCGUCCAGCUCUCGGACAAAGGAGGCCCGGCCAACAAGGACAGCCCACAGCAAUCGUUUGUGGCCCUGCAGGAGGAGCAGCUUCCACUGACCACCAACGGCGCAGGCCUGAGCGGCGGGGAGCCCCCAGAGAAGGAGCGGAGACGCCUCAAGGAGAGCUUCGAGAACUACCGCAGGAAGCGCGCCCUCCGGAAGAUGCAGCACUGCUCGAGGCAGGGCGAGGUGGACUGGGAGAACACCACGGGCAGCGACAACACGGACACCGAGGGCUCCUAGCCGGCCCGGCGCGCCGGCAGGGCGUGCUCGGUGUG